AUGCAUACCAUCUCGUGUAUCGCCAUCCUCAUCACAACAGCACUUUUUGGAGUUGCAUUCGCAGGGCCUGCGCCUCAUGGACUCGCCUCUAGCUAUGCUUCGGUGCAGCAACACUUUGACGUCCAUCAUCAUGGUAAUCACGGAUAUGGCAGCCAUGUCAGCCAUCAUCACGAGCCCCAUCAUCAUCCCAAAUACGAGUUCAAAUAUGGCGUAAAGGACGCACACACCGGUGAUCAUAAGAGCCAAUGGGAACACCGUGAUGGCGAUCAUGUGAAAGGUGGCUACACUUUUGCGGAAGCUGAUGGCACUAUACGCGUUGUGGAGUACACUGUUGAUAAACAUAAUGGUUUCCAAGCUGUUGUCAAGAGAAUCGGGCAUGCCCACCAUCCGCAGGUCCACCAUCAUGGUGGCAGCCAUGGUUUCCAGGGUUAG